AUGGUAUAUUACAGUCAACAUAGCAGCAAGGAUAAAUAUUUUCCAAAGUUAAAUGAUUACGAUGCUCCUCCUAGUGACGAUGAAAAUAUUGAAAUAAACUAUCAUUACUGCUGGAUUAAAGAUAUGUCCAGGUUGCUAAGUUCUCAGUUAAGUAAGGACAAACAUAAAAAAUAUAUUUGUGAUCGCUGUAUGAAUUAUUUUUCCAGCGGGAAUAAACUUUCGGAACAUGAAGAGUUCUGCAGAGACAUAAACAAAUGUAAAAUGACUGUUCCCAAAUACGAUGAUGUUGCUUUUAGAAAUUUCACAUACACACAAACCACUCCUUUUAUCAUAUAUGCUGAUUUUGAAUGUCAGUUACAUAAUUUUACAGAUUCUAAUGUAAAACUGAGCAAAACAACAAAAUACCAAAAGCAUGUACCUUAUAGUGCAGGCUAUUACUUUAAAUGUGCUUACGAUGACGGCUUAUCAUAUUUUCGAAGCUACAGAGGUGAAAAUUGCAUGGAGUGGUUUGCAAAAGAAAUGGCUGAAAUAUCCAAAUUUGUUAAUUCUAAAAUAAAAUCAAUUGUACCUAUGGUUAAAAAGCCUAGUACAAGUACGGCAACUGCCUGUCAUAUUUGUGAGAAACGCUUUUUAGCUAAAGAUAUAAUUGUUGUAGAUCAUGAUCAUUUUACCGGAGAGAUAAGAGGAUUUGCACACCAAGCAUGCAAUUUAAACUUCAGAAAGGUGUUUGUUGUGCCAGUAGCCUUCCAUAAUUUUAGUGGAUAUGACUCACAUUUCAUGAUUAUCGAUUUAUGCAAACAUGGGCACCUGAGCUUACUUCCUAUUAAUAAAGAAAAAUAUAUUUCUUUUACUCUACAUUCAGAUGAGAAUAAAAUUAGACUAAGAUUUAUCGAUACUAUGAGAUUUAUGGGAGCUUCACUCGAUGAAUUAGCAUCACUUUUAGAUACUUCAGAGAAGAAGAUUUUAAAACAAGAAUUUUAUAGUUUAGAUGAUGAUGCAUUUAAUUUAUUAACUUGCAAAGGAGUAUUUUGCUAUGAUUAUGUAGAUAGUUUGGAAAAAUUAGAGGAAACUUCUUUACCUACAAUUAGUCAUUUUUAUAAUAAAUUAUGUGAUGAACAUAUUAGCGAACAGAAGUAUGCUCAUGCGCAGAAAGUUUGGUCUACAUUUGAAUGUAAAAAUUUGGGAGAGUAUAGCGAUUUGUAUUUAAAGACAGAUAUUUUGCUUCUGGCUGAUGUAUUUGAACAAUUUAGACAAAAAUGUAGGGAUACGUACCAUUUAGAUCCUGCGUGGUAUUAUACCAUACCAGGUUAUACAUGGGAUUGUAUGCUUAGGUAUACAAAAUGUAGAUUAGAGUUAUUAAAAGAUGUGGAUAUGAUUUUGUUUAUUGAAAAAGGCAUACGAGGCGGAAUAUCUGUGUGUAGUAACCGAUUUUCGGAAGCUAACAAUAAGUACAUGCCGACAUAUGACCCCACACAACCCUCUAAGUACAUCAUGUAUUUAGAUGUAAAUAAUCUCUAUGGUUGGGCUAUGAGUGAAUAUUUACCUUUUGGAGGAUUUAAGUGGAUUGAAGAUGUAACCAAAUUUGGUGUUGCAUCUAAAUCCACUAAACUUCCCAAGGGUCAUAUUGAUAUUAUGUCAAUUCCGAAUGCUGCGAAGGAGGGCUAUUUUUUUCAAGUUGACUUAGAGUAUCCACUUGAAUUACACGACAAACAUAAAGAUUUUCCAUUUGCUGCCGAACACCGCAUUCCUCCCGGUUCAAAACUACCAAAAUUAUUGCCAACUCUUUUUAAUAAGUCAAAAUAUAUUAUUCAUUAUAGAAAUUUAAAGCAGGCUUUAUCCAACGGUUUAAUUUUAACUAAAAUACAUAAAGUUUUGAAAUUUAAUCAAUCUGCAUGGCUGCGGCCCUAUAUUGAGUUAAAUACUAACUUACGGGCUGCAUCUAAGAGCAGUUUUGAGAAAAAUCUCUAUAAAAUGAUGAACAAUGCUGUGUUCGGUAAGACCAUGGAGAAUAUAAGGAGGCAUAGAACUGUAAAAAUAUGUAAAAAUUGGAAUGGAAGGUAUGGAGCCAAAAACUUGAUUGCAAGUAUUCGGUUUCACAGUCGUACUAUCUUUAGUGAAAACCUAGUAGCCAUCGAACUAACCAAAUCAGUAGUGUGCUUUAAUAAACCUCUGUAUAUAGGUGCAGCAAUCCUAGACAUAUCGAAAUUAUGUAUGUAUGAUUUUCAUUACUCCUUCAUGCUUCCAACGAUGGGAGAAGAAAAUUGUAUGUUAUUGUACAUGGAUACAGAUAGCUUUAUAUAUGAAUUACAGUGUUUAGAUGCAUAUAAGGAGGUUUUAAAGGUACACAACUCUAAAUUCGAUACAUCUGACUAUUCGGAAAAUAACCCGUACAUGAUAGAACGGUUAAAUAAAAAAAUCCCCGGUCUAAUGAAGGAUGAAGCUAAUGGAAAAAUUAUUACACAUUUUAUUGGCCUAAGAUCAAAAAUGUAUACAUUUAAAUUACAAACAACUGAUGAAGAGAGAGAAAAAGAGAGAGAACGUUUAAAACUGAAACUAAAUAAGGAACAAAUUGAUUGUGGUAUUCAAAAUUUAGGUAUAACCAAAAAAGCAAAAGGUGUAAAAUAUAAUGUAGUCAAAAAUAUAAUCACAUUUGAAGAUUUUGAAAAUUGUUUAAAAGAAUGCAAGAUUAAAAGCACAAACCAAAGGUGUAUUCGGUCAUAUCAACAUUCAGUAUUCAGCAUAGAGCAAACAAAAACGGCUCUAAGUCCUUAUGAUGAUAAACGAUAUUUAAUACCAGAAUCCUUUAAGACGCUUCCCUGGGGGCAUUGUGAUAUACCAUAA